AUGGACGUGGCUUGUGAACUCGUCGCCCCGCCCCUUUACCUCUGCUACUAUAACUCACGUUCUUCUCUUAUUCUGCUCGUUCGUUGGAUGCUGAACCUUCCGGGUAACAUGGUCAACCAAAGAGUGGACACUGGCUGGCAGACAUGUAAAAGUGACUCCAGCGGGGGGAGCAACAGCGGAGAGAGCUCCAAGGAGAGCUCCAGGUGUUCCACCCCAGUGCUGGACGCAGACCGUACUGACCGACUGCGGGAUAAGAUGAGGAGGAGAAUAGAGUCCGGGGACCAGUGGUUCUCUCUUGAGUUCUUCCCCCCUCGCACAGCCGGAGGGGCGGUCAAUCUGAUAGCCAGGUUUGACCGCAUGGGAUCCGGCGGACCCCUCUUCAUAGACAUAACGUGGCAUCCGGCAGGAGACCCCGGCUCAGACAAAGAGACGUCCUCAAUGAUGAUCGCCAGCACGGCGGUUAAUUACUGUGGACUGGAGAGCAUCCUGCACCUGACGUGCUGCAAACAGACGAAAGAGAAAAUCACAGCUCAUCUCAACAAAGCCAAGCGAUUGGGGCUGAAGAAUAUUAUGGCAUUAAGAGGAGAUCCUAUAGGAGCAGACUGGGAGGAAGAAGAGGGAGGAUUCAGCUACGCUACAGACCUAGUGAAGCACAUCCGCCAUGAAUUUGAUGAUUACUUUGACAUCUGUGUCGCUGGAUACCCAACUGGGCACCCUGAGGCUGAGAGCUAUGAAGAGGACCUGAAACACUUGAAAGAGAAAGUGGAUGCAGGAGCGCACUUCAUCGUGACGCAGCUCUUUUUCAGAGCAGAGACUUUCCUCAAAUUUAUCAAGGACUGCAGAGCCAUUGGCAUCACCUGCCCCAUUCUACCUGGAAUCUUCCCCAUACAGGGUUACCACUCCUUACGGCAGCUGGUCAAGCUGUCCAAACUGGAGGUGCCAGAGGAGAUAAUGCAGGUGAUUGAGCCUAUCAAGGACAACGAUGAUGCUAUCCGGAACUAUGGCAUCCAUCACGCAGUGGAGAUGUGCAAGGUGCUGCUAGCCAGCGGGGAAGUGCCUGGCCUCCACAUAUACACACUCAACAGAGAAGUGGCCACUAUAGAAGUGCUCAGACAGCUAGGCUUGUGGGCAGAGGACCCCCGGCGACCUUUGCCAUGGGCUCUCAGUGCACAUCCCAAACGGAAGGUGGAGGAUGUCAGACCGAUCUUCUGGGCCUCACGGCCCAAAAGCUACAUCUACAGAACUCAGGACUGGGAUGAUUUCCCCAAUGGAAGAUGGGGUAACUCAUCAUCUCCAGCCUUUGGCGAGCUGACAGAUUACUAUUUGUUCUACCUAAAGAGUAAGUCCCCUAAAGAGGCCUUAUUAAAGAUGUGGGGAGAAGAGUUAACCAGCGAGGAGAGCGUGUAUGAAGUCUUCACUAACUACAUCACGUCACAGCCCAAUCAGAGUGGACACAAGGUGAGGUGUCUGCCAUGGAACGAUGACCCUCUGGCUCCAGAAACGAACAUGCUUAAGGAGGAACUGGAGAAGGUGAAUCGCAGAGGUGUCCUUACCAUCAACUCUCAGCCCAACAUUAAUGGCAAGCCUUCUUCAGACCCCAUUGUGGGCUGGGGCCCUCCAGGAGGAUACGUCUUCCAAAAGGCAUACCUGGAAUUUUUCACAUCAAGUGAAAAUGUAAGCGCACUUCUAAAAGUGUUGAAGAAAUAUGAACCCCGUGUGAACUAUCACAUUGUCAACGUGCAGGGCAAGAACAUAACAAAUGCCCAUGAUAUGCAACCCAAUGCUGUAACUUGGGGAAUUUUCCCAGGCAGAGAGAUUAUUCAACCAACGGUGGUGGAUCCAGUCAGCUUUAUGUACUGGAAGGACGAGGCAUUUGCACUGUGGAUCGAGCAGUGGGGAAAGCUGUAUGAGGAAGAGUCACCUUCACGAAUGAUUAUUCAGUACAUCCACGACAACUAUUUCCUGGUCAACCUAGUGGACAACGACUUCCCCCUAAACAACUGCUUAUGGCAGGUCAUCGAUGACAUGUUUGAACUGCUGGAUGCACCUCCAGAACCUCUGGAUUAAAGAGAACACACAACAACUUUGAAACACACAUAACCCACUGCUGCUUCAUUUUAGGAUUCCAUAAACACUUUCACAGAUGUAGUUGAGUUGUUACAUACUGACAUACUGAGUGAUUUUCAAACCAAUAUUUAGAAUGAAAAGUAAAUUAUCAUUAAUGUCAAUACAGAGGACUAUUUUGCAACACAAUCUUGUACAAGCGAACUGUUAUGGCUUGAACCCAUAGAACAUUAGUAUACAGAUAUCAUGCAAAAUGAUUUGCCUAAAACUUUGGUGGUACUUACAUUUCUGGGAAUGACUUUAACUGUGUUUUUAUGUACCUUUUUUAAGCUAAUGGUUUUUAAGCUAUUUAUAAACAGUAUUUUGGCUGUUGCACAUGUCCGAAGUUCGAGGCGUGUGUGUGUGUGUGUGUGUGUGUGUGUG